AUGACCGACGCUUCGGCUCCCAACGCCGCACAAGCUACAACAUCCUCGGCAACUACUCCAGUACCACAACAAUCAAAGGACCGUCACGAGCCCCGAGGCCGCAAGCCCAAUGACCAGUUGCCACCAUCGCGUGCUCGUGAGGUGCAGCGCGCAUUCCGCCUGCGCCGCGCAGAGCACCUUGCCGCUCUAGAGGAGCGUAUCAUGAUCCUUGAGGGCGAGAAUUCGCAGCUCCGCGCUCUCCUCUCGCUUCCUGACGCCGAUCGUGGCAAGAUAGGAUCGGGCCCAACCGGCCGCGGCAAAUCCCUCAAGGAGGGUGGUGUGCCGAUGAGCGAGCGUGUCCGUGCCCGCAAGGAGGCGCGCGAGAGGGAGCGCCGUGCACGCGGCUUGCCACCAGCUGAGGACGGUGACUCUGACACUGACAGCUUGUCCGGCCUCUCACCCGGCGGCGUCAGCGUCGGCCUGCCCGGCAAUUCCAACACGCCCAACGGUGUGGGCGGCGUCCGUCCCCAGACGAACACGGCCACUCCCGCUGGCGCGAUGCCUCUGUUCUCGCCCGCUACAGAUCUCCCUGCGCCUUAUAACUUCAACCUCCCCACUCCGUUCCAGCUGCCCAUCUCGCCGGACCCCCAGUUCGCCUUCAACGCGGGCAACCAUGACAACAACAACAACAACAACAACAACAACCCCUUCCCAGCCAUGUUCGGCAUGUUCGACAUGCAGACUCAACAGAACGGGCCUGACCCGAACAGCAACACAAAUAACAACACGAACGCGAAUACGCCUAAUAUGCACGCACCUGUGGACACCAAGUCGCCCAUGUCGCCUGCGACCGCUGCGGCAGCCGCUUCUGCAGCUGCAGCUGCUUCAGCAAACCCGAGCCAGCCGGACCUCUUGACCCGCCUCAAGGCGUGCUGUCACUUGGCCGACUCGCACGUGGUCAACGACCCUGGGCUGUUGAUCUUCGCCACCCGGCUGUGCCAGUCAUUUGCUUGCCCCUUUGGCGGCUCGCACCCGAACUCAGGCCCAGUAGACGACCCGGAACAGAUGCUCCUCGAGGACGCAUGGCGUGCGCUCAAGUCGACGCUCGACCCCGGAAGCGACUCGGACAGUGAGAACCGCAUCAACACGGGCCGCAUGGCUGCGGAGUUAGUCGUCCGCGCUGCUGCGUCGCGCGGCAAUGGCGACUGGAUCAUCUGCCGCUACAAAGAGGGCAUGACGGUCAAGCGUGUCCUCAUCGGCGGCCUCGUCCAGGGCUUAGGCGGCAAGCUUGAGUAG